UCAAACAUUGCGCGGAUUGCUUUACAUUAUGCUCAUGUUAUCGAAUAGUGUUCGCUUGAACGCUAACAAACUAAAGCUAUUGAGUUCGGACAAAGUUAAGGAUAUGACACAGAUUUGCUGUUUUUAACAUUAACUGUUAGCCAUUUAGCUACUAUAGUAGAUAACAAAAGUAAAACGGUAAUUUUACUCCUAUGUUCAUGAUGGAAUAUCCCCCAAGUAAACGACUGAAAGAGUACCACCACGAUGCUGUCCCCGAUCCAUUUUCGGACGAUGAAGAUUUCACUCAAGAUGAUUUCAAUGAAAUAGAUGUCAUAGCAUCACAGGCCGUCACCGGGAACAUUCAGACCACGAUCGGUAAAACUCCCGACCCCGUACGUGGUUCAGGUGGACACAGUCAGGGUAGAAGAACAUUUGCUCUCUCAAGCCAUCCUGGACCAAGUAGGGGUGUUGAAACCAACAAAUUCAGGAAUAGUAAUGGACGCAACGUUAUAUCUGGCCAUGUCCAGUUAGCGGAGAGAGACAGAGAAGAGGGCCACUAUAUCAAAUUGGAGGCACAGCAUGCUUCCCUUUUGGAAAAGCUGAAGGAGGUGGAGGAGGAGAUUCUCAUGAAGAAUGGUGAGAUUCGGGUCUUAAGGGACUCUCUCAGAGUGGCCAAUCAGGAGAAGGAGCAGCAGAGAAUGACGUUGUACCACCAGGAGAGGGAAAAGGCUCAAGCACAAAGUGAGAAAGAAAAGGAGCUGUCUAAGAAGAUUCAGUCCCUGCAGUCUGAGCUUCAUUUCAAAGAGGCAGAAAUAAACAAAAUGAAAAACAAACUUCAGCAUUCUGAGAGGGGAGGGAAACUAACAGGCACACCUUCUGCCAAAAGCAGCCCCAAGAUGAAUUCUGUAGCAGCUUUGCAGCCGGACAGAGACUGUCAUACUUCUCCAGGGGGCAGUCCAUUCAUCACCAAGGAGACCUUUACAGCUCAGUUACCUGUGAGACCCUCCCCACUGAAGUCAUGUACUGCAGACGGUGGCAAACAGACCAGAGACAGUCUUCAAAAAGAAACACCUAGAGACAUAUUCCCUACUCAACACCUACAACAAGGGUCGGUGUUGCUAAAUUUGUUACUGCAACAUCCAUUGGACCCCAGCUCUCUCGGCCUGUGUCAUCUGCUGUGUAUCAGCCCUGAUUCACUAUCUGGACUCCUUUCUCAGCACAGUUACAUCUGCCCAGGAUCUUUGUGCAGUUCCAACAGUUCCUCCUCUACAGACACACGUGUUCUACCCCGAUUUCAUGCUCACUUCAGCCACCUACAGAGUCUGGCCAUGUCUGGCCUGAGUUCUUUGGCCUUGAGUUAUACUACACACCCAAUGUUCCACACAAAUGAUCAUUUAGUUUCGCCAAGGAGCUGCCCGAGUGCAGUGCAUCUUCUGCCAUUACUGGAGCACCAUAUUAGUCUCUUCUGCCAGACACUGGAGACUAUGGACAGCUCAGUGAAGACUCCACUGCGUGGCAUUUCCCUGUCAGGGUCUUCUGGGAGCACCCUGUCUUCCAACAUGGGGGAAAGCUUGGUCAGCCAAGAGGAUAUCGCCCUGGCCUCCCUGACAGCUGUUCGCCUCAUUGUAUCUCAGAGUGAUGAGGCUGUACAGACUCUGCUGUCCCAGCCAUCACAAGAGGUAACUCUUCAAAUGGAAGAAAUGGAACAAUCUAGUGCUGCGCCAAUCAACCAACAGCCAGGUACAUCCAAAGAAAGCGGGGUGUCAGAGAGGCAGAAAGAAGACCAGAAAGUUCCACAGCAUCCUCUGUUCAAGCGGCUGGUUCAGCUAGCAGAUCCGACCUAUAGCUGUAGCACCACACGAAAGCAAGCACUUGUAAUAGGCAGUUUGGCGACACUGAGCUUGCUGGCACAACGAGCUGAUGAAGCACAGCUCCAGAAGUUUGUCUGUCUGUUGGCAAGUCAGACCUUGGCACAGUGCCUGUCUUUGGACUCCACAUACAACAUCAUCUUUCCUUCUGUGAGACUUUUGACCAUCUUAGUCAGCAGUGAUGACCUAGCAGAAAAACUGUGUUCUCAUCUAUAUUCUUGUCCUUUUCUCAAAAUAUUCCAGCAUGCAAUGUCUAGACCAGAUAAGACCACUUCAGAUGAUCACUGGUCUAAACUACAAAUUGAGAUGAUCCGGUUUUUGUCCAGGCUUUUCACCCAGAGGGCCACCCUGUGGACCACCUUUAUUGAGAAAUCUUGUCAAUGCAACAGUGAGGUGGUGCGAACACUGGUGGUGCUGUUGCAUAGACAGUGGCUGAGUAUGCAUGGUGCGGAGUGGCAUCUGGAGCAGCCGGGGAACUGGGAAGGGCCCGGCGUGACUCUGCUCAGGGAGGCGCUAAUGUUGCUCUAUUGGCUGCUACAAAACGACUCCAACUUCUCCGACCACUGUCUGGAUGUGCUGCACAUGUAUGAGAAGAUGAUACCUGCCAUCAGGGACACCUUCCGCAAGAUCCCCAACCUCACAGAAAGUGAAGAACUAGCACUGGAUGAAAUCUGCCGCUCUGUGGCAGAGAAUGUUGAAGACAUGGAUGUUGAUGCAGGAUUUUGAUGACUUAAGUCUUCAUUAAGGAAUUGGUAUUUGACAGGAUCUGUGAACAUUUCUUUAGAAUGUCAUACAUUUGUCAUGAACUUUUAUUUUCCUACUUCAGUAUCUUUUUUUUACCUUCUGUUAUUUUUUGUUUGUAUUUGAAUUUGAAAUCUUCAUUGUCACAUGUCUCUCAUGCUGUCAUAUAUGAUUAAAGUAAAACUUAAUCCAAAA